CAGAGUUUGACAAAGGCACGUUCUGUCCGACAACAACAACAAUCUGCCAUACAGACAGAUACUCUUCUCUAUAUCUUGAAGAGAUAAUCUGGAAGCUGAACAAUCCACAUAACUUUCUCGCCGAUUCCUGUACCCAAUUCAACGCCAUGAGUCUGUCAACGACGGGGGCCCCUCCCAAGGCUCUGGAGAGCAUCACGGGCCAGAUUGGAAACACACCCCUCGUCCUAUUGAACCGCCUCCCCCAAAGUCUCGGGAUUGAAGCAACUGUAUAUGCAAAACUUGAGUAUUUCAAUGCUGGUGGCAGUGUCAAGGACCGAAUUGCAUUACGCAUGAUUGAAGAGGCUGAAAGGACAGGGAGAAUCAAGCCGGGAGACACGUUGAUCGAACCGACCAGCGGGAAUACUGGUAUCGGAUUGGCACUUGUCGCUGCGGUCAAAGGUUAUAAAACAAUUAUCACCCUGCCCGAGAAGAUGUCCGCAGAAAAGGUUUCUGUUCUUCGCGCGCUGAAUGCCACUAUCAUCCGUACUCCUACACAGGCCGCAUAUGACUCGCCCGAAUCCCACAUAGGAGUUGCCAAACGUCUCGAGAAAGAACUUCCGAACGCACAUAUUCUAGAUCAGUACGGAAACGAAAACAAUCCCUUAGCUCAUGAGCUUGGGACAGCAGAAGAAAUCUGGAAUCAAACUAAGGGAGCUGUAACAGCAGUCGUAGCCGGCGCUGGUACGGGAGGCACAAUUACUGGAAUCUCUAGAGGAUUGAAGAAGCAUAACAAAGCGGUUCAAAUCAUCGGCGCCGAUCCGCAGGGUUCUAUUCUGGCUCUGCCUUCUUCAUUGAAUACCGAGCACGAAAACGAGCCGUACAAAGUAGAGGGUAUUGGAUACGAUUUCAUUCCCCAAGUUCUCGAUCAGCAUUCAGUCGACAGGUGGUACAAGACAGAAGACAAGGAAUCAUUCCAGUACUCUCGCCGACUGAUUGCCGAGGAGGGCCUUCUAGUCGGGGGCAGCAGUGGAAGUGCAAUUGCUGGCCUAGUCAAGGCGUACAAAGAUAAUGUUUUGACCAAGGACGACGUCGUCGUCGUGGUUCUUCCCGAUAGUAUCCGAAGCUAUCUCACCAAGUUCGCAGAUGACGACUGGCUUGCUGCAAACGAGCUACUUUCAUCCACUCCACCCGAGCUCAAGGCGAUAAGCGCAGAAAGCCCAGCUCCAGAGUCCAAGACUAGUCUAUUCGCCAGCGGUAAAGUCGGCUCUCUGAGGCUGAAGCCUGUAACGACAGUCCGAGCAAAUGAAGGCUGCCAAGCCGCAAUUGAACUCAUGCGCGAGAAAGGCUUUGAUCAGCUUCCGGUCCUCACCACGGAUGGCAAGAAACUUGCCGGGUUGAUCACUUUGGGCAAUGUUCUCAGCUGGAUAUCUCGUGGGCGCGCAACUGGAAAAAGCCCUGUCUCGGACGUCAUGUUUGACUUUUCCAAACUGCCAGAAGUGGUCACAGAUUCUAGAGAUAUUGGGACUGCAGAUGACCAAAUAACAGCGAAACGCCGCAAGUUCUUCGAGAUCACUCUGGACACCCCUUUGAGUGUACUGAACCGGUUUUUUGAAUGGAACAGCGCAGCCAUCGUGACUGAACGAGACAGCCAGGGCACCAUACGACCUGUUGCAGUAGCUACGAAGGUGGAUCUUUUGACUUGGCUGCUGCACCAAAAUUAAAUAAUGAUUACUUCGACAAUGAUAGCCAUGUUUCAGUAUUCGAUUCUUACUUUAACGACCUUUUUCGUUGCCUUCAACAGGUUCUAUUUCUUUCGAAACCGUCACAAUGUGUGGUUUUUUGUGGCUGUUGCAACGACGGCGUUCCAUGUAUGGUGUUUGUUUUCGCUUCAUAAAAUUCUCACCUGUCGAUGAGAAUGUUCCAUUGACUAUAUACAUUAUUUUGGCGUUUAAUCUUGUACUCAACACUUAGAUAAUGCCGACUC